ACAGCCGAGGACGCCCUAUGGGCCUCGCGAGCCGGAAGUGCCCCUGCUAGUUCUUUCCGGUGCUUUUUAGGGAGCUUCAGCUGCAGGCUGUACAAUUGCUUUGUAGAUUCGUGACCAACCGCUGCAGUGCGGGCCCCCUGCGGCCGGCACGCUGAAGUCGAGAGGACAUGGUGGGUCGGAACAGCGCCAUCGCCGCCGGCGUGUGCGGGGCCCUCUUUAUCGGAUACUGUAUCUACUUCGACCGCAAGAGGCGAAGUGAUCCCAACUUCAAGAACAGACUUCGAGAACGAAGAAAGAAACAGAAGCUUGCCAAGGAGAGAGCUGGGCUUUCCAAGUUACCUGACCUUAAAGAUGCAGAAGCUGUUCAGAAAUUUUUCCUGGAAGAAAUACAACUUGGUGAAGAGUUACUGGCUCAAGGUGAAUAUGAGAAGGGUGUGGACCAUCUGACAAACGCAAUUGCUGUGUGUGGACAGCCACAGCAGUUAUUGCAGGUGUUACAGCAAACUCUUCCACCACCAGUGUUCCAGAUGCUUCUCACUAAGCUCCCAACAAUUAGUCAGAGAAUUGUAAGUGCUCAGAGCUUGGCUGAAGAUGAUGUGGAAUGAAAAAUCUCAACAUAAUAAAAUCUCAAAAGAUUUUAAAAAUUCUUAGCUUGGAAGUUGAACAGCUGUGGGGAAUAAGGGCAUAUAUGCUUGUUUAUGGACUGUCCUACACUGAAAUCUACCAAAGUUAGUGCUUACUUUGGGUAGAUUCAUUUGUCUUUUAUUUAUUUUUUCCCAGUGAAAAGUGUAUUUUAAUAGAGAGCUUUUCAUUUUAUAAAAACACUAUGAGUUACCAAAAUAUGGAUUUUGUUUAUUCCUUAGACCUACAAUUAAAAUGUACAUAUAUCAUUAAAAAACGCAGUGCUUAGGCUUAAGAAAUAGGCAAAAGGGCUGGGACUGUAGCUGAGUAUACUUGUCUAACAUGCAUCAGGCCUUAGAUUUGGCCCCAGCAUCACAAAAAAGGAAAACAGUGCAACAGUGUAGGAGAGCCAUGAAUGUACAUUUUUAAAGCUAGGCAUUUUCUUAUAAAUGAGAGUUGGAUAGACUUGAUUGUAUUUUUGAAAAUAUUAAAAUGAAAGCUUCUUUCUUUCCAUUUACUCUUAAACAUGUGGUAUGCCGCUGUGCUGUACUAACAGCUCCACCUGUUUCCUGUUUAUCAGUCUUAAACAGUUUUAUUUAAAUCAGUGUACUUGGUGUUUCUGGGUAUGUACUUGUAUUUUAAGUACGUGUAACUACAAGUAGUACCGGGAAUUAGAUCGGUGUACCUAAUCUCACCAUAUGAGCUUCACCAGUUGGAGUCUGCUCACUCUCAAGUCUAAAACCAGGGGAUCACUUUUGGUAAUUUUGAAGUGUCCCUUUCAGUUUCUCCUUUUGGUUCUGUUUGGCGUCUUCAGAUUCACCUUCACGAACCAGGGAUAUAGCACAGUGGCACCUCCCUGGCAAGCUCAAGUUUGAUUCCCGGUACCACAAAAAAAUUUAUCAGUUCACCUUCACCUGAGGAGUGUAUUUGGCCAUCCAGAACUUGUUUUGUUUUGCUUUUUAAUUCUGAAUUUUGCAUGCUUGCCUGACCUAAUAUAUCUGGAAUUGAUCUCUUGAUUUUCACUGGAAUUGGACAGGUCUAUGAUUAUGUAAGUCUGAAAAUUAACCUUUGAGGUAACUGGGAUCAUCUGCCUGUAAAAAUGUUUGUUCCCUUUUUGCUUUCAACUUCUGUAUAUUGAAGAUUGAUUAGUUUAUCUCAUACAGUGAGAGAGGGAUGUAAUACUGACUAGACUUGAGUAGAGUUUUUGGGACCUCUUAAAUUCACAGUGACAUAUUAUCUGCCAUUUCAGAACUGAGUCAAUUUCAGAAUUGAGAAUAAAGAUCUUUGGUACUUAAGGCA